AUGUUUCAAAUAAUACAUAAAAUAAAACUGAAUAUAUUUAUGCAAAAUUUAAAAAUAAAUAGUAAAACAAAUAUAUUUUAUUUUCUCCUGAAAAAAAAUAAAUUAUGUUUCUCUUCAAAAACUCAUGAUGUUAAAUUUAAUACUGAUGAAAAUAUAUCAACCAAUUAUUUGGAAGAGCAAGAAUUAAAACUAAUAUAUAAUAAAAAAAUUACAUUUUCUAGCAAAUUUGAAAAUAGAGUAAACGUCUUUUUAAAACCCUUAGAAACAGAUAUAAUUUCUGAAGAAAGAUACAAUUGUAAAGAUUUGAUUGAUAAAAGAAAUUCAAUAAUUAUAAAUGAUAAAGAAAAUGAAAUAAAUAAAUUAAAUGAUGAUAAUAUUAAAAAAAUAGAUGAAAUACACGACGAAAAUAUAGGUAAACAUGAACAUAAUAAAAAUAAUAAUUUACAAAUUGAUAAUAAUAAAAAUGAACAAAGUAAAAAUAAUCUAAAAUUUUUACCUUUGAAUAGAUAUAAUUCAUUAUCUAAAGAAAAUCAUAUGUAUGUAUAUGAUUUUGAGGUCUACAAUAUUUCUGAAUUAAGUAAAUAUGAACCAGGUGAAAUUGUAAAUGUUUAUUUUUACAAUAAAGAAAAAAUAGGUAUUGGCUUGUUAAAUAGGAGGAGUAAUAUAGUUGUUAGAAUAAUAGAAAGAGAUAUUUCAAAGGUAAUAGAUGAUAGAUUUUUUAUUAAAAAGUUAUAUGAAAGUAUUAAAAGAAGAUUUAAAUUUAUUUAUAAUAUAAACUUAUAUGAAUAUAUCUAUUCAUUUAAUAUAAGAAAUAAUAUAAAAAUAUUUUGUAAAAUUGUUAAUUCAGUUAACGAUGAACUCCCUGGUUUAGUUGUAUAUGUAUUUGAUAAAAGUUUGUAUAUAAGAUAUGAUAAUUUAAUUAUACAAAAAUAUAACUAUAUUUUUGAAAAAGAAUUAGAAAAAAUAUUUUCAGCAAAAAAUAUAUUUUGCAAAAAAAUAAUUAGUAAAAAAGAAAAAAGAGCACAAAAAGGAAAAGAAUAUGUCUUAGAACAAAUAAAAGGAGAUGAUCUUGAAUUAAAUUAUUAUGAAAAUAAUUAUAUCUUUUACAACAAUAUAUCAAAUAUAUCAUAUGACAUUUUUGAUAUAGAAAAUAAGCAUGAUCGCAUUUUUUUGCAGAGAUUAUGUGAUUCUUCUAAUAUUUUAAAUAUAUAUGGAAAUGUUGGUGAAUACAUAAUAAACACUUCUAAAAGUCAAACAAAUAUAAAUAAUUAUGACUAUAGCGAAAACAUAUCUCUUAUAUUGAGUGAUAGUGCUAAAAACACUAACUACAUAAAUAAAAAUAUUUCUAUUAAUAAUUGUAAACAUAUCACAUUACUACAUAGAGAAAAUAUUCUUGAAGAAUUAAAUAAUAUGUCUUUAAAUAAUUUAAAGUUUGAUUUAAUUAUUUUUAACACAAAGAGCAAUAUUACUUACAGAAAAAAUUCUUAUACAAGUAUAUAUGGAAAGAGACAUGUAGUAACAUUUAAAGGAAUUCAUAAAUAUUUAAACUUUAUUUCAGAUAUAUUACAAAAAAAUGGUUUGUUAUUCAUAACAGUUGAACUAUCAACCUCUGAUUAUCACAAAUUUUUGAAUAUUGUUAAAUGUGUAUUUGAGAAUAAAAAGAAAAGUAUAUCCAUUAUAUAUGAAAAUUCCUGUAGCAUUGAAAAUAACAUAUUAUGUAUUGAUCAAAAUGCAUGGCAUAUAAGAUCUGUGUGCUUUAGACUAAUAGAUUCUUAA